AUGGUUGAUAUCAUUCGAACUCACACUAUUGACUCAUACGGUGCCAAUGUUCAACCUCCCAUCGGCAAGGUAGGAGUUACUCAAUUUGACAACCAGAAUGGUAUUUCCAGAUCUUGUUUCCCCUUGAGUUUCUAUGCCGUGCUAAGAAUAUGCAAACCAGACAAGAAAGCCUACUUCGAAUCGGUCCCUUCAGCCCGAGCCCUCCAAGACCGCUUCAUCAAAGAGGCAAACAUAGAUAUCGUCGGCCGUGUCGCUUCCUACCUCCAUACCGUCACUACGCUACCAGUUCGACUUGCCCGCGAAGGAAACCAAGAAUACUUUGCUGGCCUCUUGCGCCUAAUCAAUUCCUCCGCCCUUAUACACGCAGACUACGGUGCAUACGAUGCCCCGGGAUGGGAAAUCGGUUGCAUCUCUGCCCAAUUGAGCUGGAAUGUGCUUCUACGAGAGGUCCAGGGUGGGGAGUGUGUCAUCUAUCGUCGGUUCUGGGAAGGCAAGAGUGAUGAUGAGACCUUCCGACAGCCCAGCCCUGGGUAUGGAUAUAGGAAGGAUGCUGUUGAGGGCUGUGAUGUACAAGUAGUGCAGCCGGAAGUUGGAGAGUUGACAUUGUUUAAUUCCAGGAAUUUCCACUCGGUGAAUGCGGUGCGACAGCCGGAAAUAUUCCCGAGAUAUACCGUGAGUUCGUUCAUUGGGCUUCUCCCAACCGCUGCGGGGGGAUUUGAGAUCAUUCUGUGGUCGUAA